AUGUCACUAUGCGGACCUCCUAGAGCAAGAAAGCGCAUAAAUUGGAAAAAAUUUGAAAUUGAACUAGCACCUCGGAUUAAACCUAACCACAUCUCUACCAUCUCAGACAUCAAUAGGAACAUUGUCCAACUUACGAAUAAUAUCCAAAAUGAAUGCGAGAACUGUUCCUACUCAGUGGGUCAAUCAGAGCUCUUGAAACCACUACUGGACGAAAUACUAUUAGAGAUCGAUACCAAACGUAUAUUGCGGAAUAACUGGCAACAAACACGAGACCCACGCAUGAAAACACUAUACAACGCCCAGGUAUCCUACGUUAAAGAUUUUCUCACCAAACAUAGACUCCAUGAGUGGCAACUCUUCACCUCCACACUAAAUGUUAAAAAUAAAUCUCUAUAUAAACUGAAUCGUCGACUUCUCCAUAAUCCACCACCAUCUCAACCGCUCAGAACUCCUGCUGAGACACAAAUAUACGACUCCAACUUAAAGGCUGAGCUUUUUGCUGACACAAUGACCGCACAGUUCCAAAACAACCCAGGUCCCCCACUACUUGAAGUAAAUGACUCCAUCGCAAAACUACGAGCUCCCAAUAUUCCCCCGUCAGAAAACUACGUUUUACCGAAUGAAUUAGGGACAUAA